AUGCCACCAGCACAGCCUAUAUUCGGAAAACGACGGGCUCGAGAUGAUAUAGAGCCAGGCAAUAAGCGGGUCAGACUAGACCGAUUGCUUUCAAAACUCAGUAUUGACGACCAACCCAAAAAGAUAGAGCCAGAUUUAGAGAUCAACCCCUUACUCGAUUUCACAGAUGAAAACAGCAAGCCAAAAAGCUCAAUUGACUCGUAUAUCAGUGAACGAUUGAUGGCCAGCAUGCAAGCCAGGGCAGAGGAAGGUCUAGCCGUUGGGCGCUGGUAUAUUCCAGCCGGGAUCGUGAUCUUGCACUUUCAGCGUUGGGUCAAGCGGCUUUUCAACAGAUUUGUGAGACGAUACAAUGCUACACAUCCUGAUCGAGCGCCGGUCCGCACGUUUAGAAGCUACAGCAAGAUUGUGAAGUUCGUUUACUCCGAAGUCAACUUCAGUCUAGACGACCUACGGCAGGUUGUCAUGGAGGAAAACUAUCGGGAGCAACGGGAGCUCACGCUGCGCAGGAACGCUCGUGAGAAUAAGCGGUACAUUGAGGAGAUCACAGAGGAAGAGAGCAUAGCGGCGGAAUCGCUGUACACAUACUGGGACCGGUUCGCCGAAGCCAGUGGUGAUAUCGAGAUGGAAACGGGGUCCGGUCUGGAUCUGGACAUGAUGGACAUAUAA